AUGAAAUAUUCUGGAUAUAUGGAUAUUGGCAUUUUGCAAAAAGUGAAUUUAAUUUAUGAAAAACGAGGUUCUGCUACAUCUACUUCAAUCACAUCGGUUCUGGAGAUAUUCUAUGCCCAUCGUAAACAGUUCGAUAAAGUUGUUGUCUUUGGAGACUGUCACCAGCACAUUAUUGAUUAUGUCGCAAAUUAUCGUGCUUAUAUUGGACCUAUAAAAGCGAUAUGGGGUAAUUUAAGUGGUGAAGACAAAUGGUCGACGCAAUGUUCUAAGGAUGGUUGGAUUGAAUUUAGAGGAUGUACAGAUCAAAUACUCCGGUAUAUUGCAGAACCGAAUGAAGAUAAAUUACUUGAACGUGUUGAAAAAAUUGAUGAAAUCUAUAGAUUGAAUGUUGACACAAUGUAUCAGUUCAACUGUGAAGAUAAACAUGCGACAAAAACUAAUAAUGAUACAAUGUUAUCUCAGCGAAAUUAUUUUAAAUCAGCAUGGAGUUGUUGUCAGUUAUUCAUUUCAUCAACAUUUCUUGAUAUGUACGGUGAACGUGAUUUAAUCUGUGGUGUACUUGUGCCUGCUCUUCGUGAAAAGGUUGCAGUGCCUUUACGUGUACACUUAAAUGAAAUUGACUUACGUUGGGGAGUUCCUGAAAUGACUACCUAUAGUUCGCAUGCUUUACAGAUAUGCUUAGAGCAGGCAGCUGCAUCUGAUAUAUUUGUGCUGUUACUAGGAGAUCGAUAUGGAUGGGUACCGAAUGAAGUUCAGAUUAACGGUUUACCUAAACCACUAUUGGCUGAAGUGCUUAAAUUUUACAAACCAGGAAUGUCUGUGACUGAAAUGGAAUAUCAUAUAGCUAAACAAACUGCUCUAUCCAAAUUUUCAUUGCAUGAGAGACAGAAUGGUAAAAUAAAUGCUCAAGAAGCAGUACGCCUUCGGAUUUGUGUUUUCAUUAGGGAUUCCAAAUGCAUCAAGGAUGUACCGAGUGAAUUAAGAAAUGACUUUGAAGAAGUUGACAAGGAAAGAAGUAAACGUCUUCAUGCCUUCAAAGAAUUAAUUCAAAGUGAUGGGGUUGUUGUCUUCAAUAAGUGA